AUUAAGGUGUAGGUCGAUGUACGGAUUUCAGACCGGGGAGUUUGUGGGCGUAGGAUAGGCAUCGUCGCCUACUGGGCGCAUCUUAGCAGACUCUCUAAGCUUCACACCAACCAGCACCUGUUCGUCUCCCACUCCACUCCUCGCAUCCGAUUCUACCUUCGUCUCUCAAUUUUAUAGCAUUCUCCAUUUCCGAGAAUCACUUUCUCCUCGUUUUCCUCACGAGUUUCGGUUUUCCAUCUCAAUUGAUUAUCACCUUUGCGAUCGAUUUCACCUUUCACUCUCAAAAGCCCUAAUUCUCCAUGCAAAGGAGGUAAUUGAGGGCUUUUUUGGGUUCUAGAGCUUCGGGAUGAUUCCGUGGGGUGGCAUCAGUUGCUGUUUGAGCGCAGCUGCUCUUUACCUUCUUGGAAGGAGCAGUGGAAGGGAUGCGGAGGCGUUGAAGUCGGUUACUCGAGUUCAGCAAUUGAAGGAUUUGGUACAGUUGCUAGAUACAGCAUGCAAAGUAUUACCUUUAGUCGUUACGGUAUCUGGAAGAGUUGGCUCUGACACACCAAUCAAAUGCGAGUAUAGUGGGUUACGAGGUGUAAUUGUGGAGGAAACGGCAGAGCAACAUUUUCUGAAACACAAUGAUGCUGGUUCGUGGAUACAAGAUUCGGCUUUGAUGUUGUCCAUGAGUAAAGAGGUUCCCUGGUACUUGGAUGAUGACACAGGUCGGGCAUAUAUAGUGGGAGCCCGAGGUGCCACGGGUUUGGUAUUGACAGUUGGAAGUGAAGUGUUUGAGGAGUCAGGGAGAUCCCUUGUACGUGGAACACUAGAUUAUCUCCAAGGUCUCAAGAUGCUCGGAGUGAAGCGAAUUGAGCGGGUUCUUCCAACUGGCACACCUUUGACUGUUGUUGGUGAGGCUGUCAAAGAUGAUGUUGGAACAAUUCGUAUUCAGCGGCCCCAUAAAGGACCAUUUUAUGUCUCUCCCAAAAGUAUUGAUCAUCUUGUUGCAAAUCUUGGCAAAUGGGCAAGGUGGUACAGGUAUGCCUCUCUGGGGUUUACAGUAUUUGGAGUUUAUCUGAUUGCUAAGAGUGCUAUCCAAUAUGUCAUGGAAAGAAAGCGUUGUUGGGAAUUGCGUAAAAGGGUUCUUGCUGCUGCUUCUAAAAAAUCAGGGCAAGACAGUGAAGAUCCUGAUGAAAAGGAUGAGAAUGGAUCAGAUAAUACGAAAAGGGACAGACUAAUGCCUGAUCUAUGUGUGAUCUGCCUAGAGCAGGAAUACAAUGCUGUUUUUGUCCCGUGUGGCCAUAUGUGCUGUUGUACAAUGUGCUCUUCUCAGUUGACCAACUGUCCACUUUGCCGACGACGGAUCGAGCAGGUAGUAAGGACUUUCCGUCACUAAAGCUGUGGCAUGAGAGUGCAACCAGAUGAGAACUUCAACCCAUAAGUUUUACAUAUAAGAAUCUGGAGAUCAGAACUCAUGAUGAUAAUGGCAUCAGAUCACACAACUCUCAUAUCUGAUUUCCUCUUUUAAGAAACCUUCUUCCAAAAACUGUUGUCUGUGGAUUAAUCAUUUUCAAUUGUCUUUUGGUUUGGUUUUUUCCCUUUUAACCUUCAUUUGAAGUUGUAAAUCCCCGAUCAGAAACUUGACAACCAUGUACAUUGAUGUCAUAAAUAGCAGUUAAGAUACCCUCAACAUUGUCUC